AUGAGCAAGCUUACUUGCGACGAAGAGCGAGAAAUAGCAUUGCUAUUAGGACGACUCAUCGAAAGAAAGAAAACGUACAAAGUUUUGGCACCGAAUUGGGAAAUACACUCCUCUUAUCCACUGCGCGAAAACAUCUGGGAGUACUUACACGACGAUAAAGAGUUCCGCGACUUUGCGUGCACUAAAGGAAAAUCUGUUCAAAAAUAUAACAAACAACUUCAACACAAACACAAAAGACGCGGAAAAAACUUUCUCAAAUCACUCAUAUUUUUCCUCUUAGCUUUAGGAGUUACAAUGUCGCUUUGGAAGUAUAAUUCUAUCUCAACCAUGGAACUAAUUGCAAAAGUUAUUCCUAAAACUGACUUAAUCUCAAUACUGAGUAUGGAUUACUCGACAUCUGUCGACGCGGAGUGCUGCCACAGGAUGAGACACCUAGCCACGGAAUUGUCACGAGCUCAACAGGCACUUAGGAGCGCAUUACGUCUACGACGUAAUUUAAUGCAAACCACACAAAUGUCCAUACCAGAAUACACUGACGACAAAAGCGUACUGCAAAGGGGCUAUGUAGAGGGGUCGAAAGCUUCAAAAGGCAGCGACACUACAGAAUGGGGUUGGCGUGUAUCUCUCUGGGGAGUCGUGCCACUGUGGCGCGCUUCGCCCCCACCAGACACCAUAUUGGCAUUACGGACGCCAACGCCAUCCGAUUGCUGGCCUUUUAGCGGAUCAUACGGCGAAGUUAUUAUCGAGUUAGCACAUAAAGCAAAGCUAAACUAUAUCAGUAUAGAGCACGUGCGUCCCGAUACAGCUCGCAGCGCGCCUAAGAACUUCGUCGUUUACGGCACAUUUGAGAAUAACACGCGGUUGGAAAUCGCACGUGGCAUUUACACAUAUAACAAGCCAGCUAAACAAUAUUUUGCAUUAAGCGGCAGAAAUGAACCCGUCACAAGUGUGGCAUUUAAAGUUCUGUCCAAUCAGGGAAACACGAAGUACACUUGCGUGUACCGAGUUCAUUUAUACGGCAGCGAUGUUAAUAAGCAAAAAAUUACUUUAUAA